GCUAUGGACGCUGGAGGUCGCUCUUUCCAACUCUACCUUUUUGCGCGCAGCUUCUCCGUCCGGACAACUUUCACGCAACCUCUUCUCGUGUUUCCACUCCGUCCAAACGUUUGAGAGGGAAGCGCUUGUGUUGCUGCGAGCACCGAGCAGCCUACAUACACGGAUUCUGGGGAAAUAUCGUCUCCUUUGAAUGGUGAGAGAGUGAAGAAGAAGAAGAGGAAGAAGAAGAAGAAAUGUCCUGCACCGGUGAUAAGCCCGUGAAGUCAUCCUGCAGCUGAUUUUGUUCAUGGCUAUGCAGCUCCCUCCCUCCCAUCACAAUCACAAACAGGAAGUCGUGAACUGGUUAUCAGUCAGGAAACGCAAUAUAGGAGCACCUUUCCUCCCCUGUGAGCCGUGUAACCAAUGGCGGCCUCGGUCCAGACGCUUCCUCAACCCAGUAAAAACUUCCAAAGCCCGUUCCCAGCGCCGUCAUUUUUGCCCCGCUGCAACAUGGGAAGUGUCGGCAGUCUGGUGGAGAGGCCCGACGUGUCUCCCACUAAAAUGAACCGGGCCGUGCCCCAGGUGAGGCCCAAGCCCUCCAACAACCUCCUAAAAAAAGGUUUCACUCAGAGAGAGCUCCUCAACUACCUCAACAUCCCCAGAAAAGAGCCCAAAACCAACCAGGGGGGUGGCUCCAACAAGGGCAUCAUCGCCUCUGUCGCCGCGAAUAAGGAAGAAAACCUGUAUGCAAAGGUCUUCCACAAAGAUGGCACAGAGAUCGAUUUCACAAAGAACUCACUGCCCAGUGGAGGAAAGUAUGAAAAGGCUCGCUUUAGGUCAUCUGCCUUCAAACCUGUCACUCCCAAAAACUUCAGCUCCAUGCAGAACCUGUAUCCAUCUUCCAAAUCAGAGGACCAGGAGGACCACGGGCUAUCUAAUGGGCUGCACAAAUCCUAUGCCCAUCUCUCGAAAACUAUGUCCGGCUCCUCUUCAUCAUCGUCGCCCUCUCGUCAUGGAGAGUCAAUCACUGGGAACAAGGGUUCUUCUUCCAUGCGCGGCGCGAGCCAGGAGGAUGACAACCUGUCGGACUCAGGCCACAACUCCAUGAGCAGUCUGCCGCCGUAUCCCCCCACCUUUCGCCCAAACCUGGCUAAUAUCAGCGCAUCUAUGGGCCACAUCAAUACUAUUGGCUCCCUGGACCGCACCGCUAUAGGCGGGAAAGCACUUGGGUCAGGAGGCGGAGCCUUAGGGGAAACUCCAUGUCGGAGCAUGGCAACCCUCAGCCGCCUGGUGCCGUGUGGGGGGGAGGCUCCACCCCCUUACGACUGGACCCUCUCCAUGUCUGUUGAGGAAGUGGUGCGGGAUCUGGAGGAGCGGCUUGUAGAGAAAGAACACGAGCUGAAGCAGAUGAGAAGAAACCUGGACGAGAGCGAGGGCGCCAUCGCUCAGGUGUUUGAAGGCAAACAACGUCUGUGGGAAAAGGAGGUGGAAGAGCUGAAGCGCCUCUACGCUGCCAAGCUCCGGCAGGUCUCCCAGCAUGCCCAGCGAUCCCAGCGUGGUUUCCAGCUGCAGCUCUACAAGGUCCAGCAGGAGAAGAGCCGACUGCAAGAAGAGCUUGAGGGGCUUAAAAGAAGCCAGGAGGGCAGAACCAAGGAGACUCCAACUAGUCCGACCCUCGAGGAGACACAAUGGGAGGUUUGCCAGAAGUCUGGGGAGAUCUCCUUGCUCAAGCAGCAGUUUCGAGACUCUCAGGCCGAGGUGACCCAGAAGCUGAGCGAGAUCUUCCAGCUGAAGACGCAGCUCCGGGAGACUCGCCUGGAGCUGCGCAACAGGGACAGCCAGAUAGAUGCCCUGAAGCUCAUCUUGCAUGGAUCCCAGCAUUACAGAAGACCCUCUCAGAGCACCAGCGACCACGGGAAAGGAGACGAGAGCAUUUCGACUGGGGCAACAGGAGGGUGUGCGGGCCCGACGGAAGAGCGUCUGCGCGCCGAGCUUCUACUGGAGCGGCGCCAGAGCGAGGCCCAGGCCGCGGCUUUCGAGGAGGAGAGGCAGACAUGGCAGACAGAGAAGGACAAGGUCAUCCGCUACCAGAAGGAGCUGCAGGCCAGCUAUUUAGAGAUGUACCACCGCAACGCAGAGCUGGAGAGGGAAGUACAGCAGUUGAGAGAAAGAGGAGGAGGAGGAGGAGGGAGCAAAGACGGGACUUUGGAAAGAGAAGACCAAGAGCUGAAGAGCAAAAUAGUUAAAAAAGAGGACAGUCCACCCAGUGGUUUGCCAUGGAUUGACAGAAUUGAAUCCUCUGAAAUUUGAACAUGACAACAUGGAAAAUGUGCCAGGCUGGGACCAAAAGUAAGAAAAGGAAAACUUUUAGAUUCAGCAUAUAAUCCGUGGCAACAAUGAUUGUAUAAUUCCACAGAAAUUGGGAUAUUGUGUAAAAUGUAAAUAAAAAUAAUAUUUGCAAAUCC